AUGAGCGGAACUCUCGUCGGCUUCGCCAUGCUCGUGGCUGCCUCUGUGAUCUUCACAUACUACUCCAUCUGGACCCUGCUCAUGCCCUUUGUCGACGAAGGUCACCCUCUCCAGAACUUCUUUCCUCCUCGCGUCUGGGCUAUCCGCAUCCCCGUCAUCCUUAUUCUCCUCGGCUCCGCCGUCGUCGGCUCCUUUCUCGGCACCGUCAUGAUCCGGAGCAACAGGAAGAAGGCCGCCAAGGCCAAGGCCGCCGCGAAGAAGAAGGCGUAA